AUGCCCCGUGCUACAGCGCCUCGUGCGAAGAUCCACGUCAAACGGACUCCCCCGGUUCUUUUAACACAACGGGUUCGUCCUCGAGACGGCGACGGACCACGCCUAUGGAACGCAAAACGACGCAUCAAGACCAGCAAAGGUCUAACCUUCUUCCGAGCACAUGCGCUGGUCAGUAAAGAGAAACUUCAAGAGUGGCAGAGGUCUUCGUGGAACAGGCUCAAUGCCGACGAGCAGAGAGCAUUUGCUCCUGUCUUUCGGCAAGACGGGUUAAAUAUGGAAUGGUGGAAGCUGGACCGGAAGAAUCUCGAGAGGUUCAUGGACACCCACCCGAGCCUGCGUGAGGUGUCCAGCGAUGUCAAGUCUUUCAUCGCAGCUGGUUCGAUAAACUUCGAGAGAUCGACAAUCCUGCGAAUAUUGAUGGACCCUGCCCGAUACUUUGCAGUUCCACACAAUGUCCCUUUGAGCAUGCGCCGGCAGGUGUACUUCCCCGAUCCUAAAGACGCUGUGGUGCUGAUGCGAACACCGCAUCUGGGUCCUCGCUACGCCGCUUUCGAUGUACCACUCCACUUCAACAAGAUCGACCUCAGAGCCUACCUGAAAGAUGUCUAUGGCGUCGACGUCCUCCACAUCCGCAGCGUGGUGGUACAACAAAAAGUGGAGAGAAAAGAUGGCAGAGGCAAAUACUCUCAGGGCAAACUAUUUCGUCCGCCCAGCAAAAAGAAAAUGACAUGUCUCCUGGCGAAACCCUUCGUGUAUCCCGCAGAACCGGAAGACCUGGAACCAUGGGAGCACGAACGAUACUGGGAAUCAAUGAAAGCCAUCGUGGAGAAGAACCGCGAGGAAUCGGAAUGGGGCAUGAUGAACCCGGAUCUGAAGCACAGAAAAGCAAUCGCCCUCCAAGCUCAGCAAUUACUGAAGGGAAAGAUGAAAUGGGCGCCGACGUGGCAGAACUUUUCCGACGAUUGGCGGGCGAUGCGAGGAUUGGGGUCUGCCGCCAACAACUCGCAGCCAUCACAACCGACGAAUUCGUCUUCGUGA